UAUUGUGUUUUAUCAACAUUUUAGCAGCAUACAAUUCAUAUCUAACAGUUAUUGGAAAUCAUUUCAUUUUUCUAUUAGAUGGAACAAUUCAAUGCCAAUAAUCAAGCAUAAUCUUUUCUCUGCAUAGGUAUGGAGGAAAUAAAAAAUAAGCCAUUACCUUUUAAUAUAUUCUUUCUAUUACAUGUUAAUAUAAAUUGUAAUUUAACAAUAUUAGUUGACUAUCAUUAUGAUUAUCCUCAAGUUCACAGUGGUAAUAUGAAAGACAUUUAAUAAGACAAUAGAAGAUCUUUCCUAUUGCUAUGAAACUAAAUAAAUAACAUGUAGACUAAAUUUGUGUAACAAUUUAAAAUUAUAUUUUGAAUUAAAUAGCAGCAUAACCUUUGAUAAAAAAUAAAUAUUACUAUGUAAUUUGAUGAACAAAUAUGUCAUGUUGUAAAAAGAAAGAAGAAAUUGAACUAUGCGUUGAUAAUAACUAUGUGAACCAUGAUAACAUGAAAAGAGGUUCCAUACCGGAUUCUUACUUUUGUUUGUGUCAAAAUAAUGAAGGAUAUUUCAUUCCUACGGAUUGUAACACCCUGCAAUCUAUUAAUAAUAGUACAAUAAGCACACACUAUAAAAAAGCACGCUUAGAACCUUGUCAGUGCGCUGAAGAAAUGGAGUGGAAUUGCUUUACGCCACCUAAACCAAGUUGUAAAUGGCUAAAUAACUUUUGCGAGCUACGUCGCCAGUGGAGUAAUCAUGCUCGCCAACAAAAUUGUAAAUGUUGUAACUGUAAAUGGAGGUGAAGACUGUUCAGUGUGCGACGAACAAGAAAAUUCAGCAACUGAAGACAGCAUGGAAACACAUGAAAAGCCAUUUACAACCGAA